AUGGUCGAGGAUGCGUUCGCCGCGGUGCUGUGCCGUCCACGCUGCGAGGUCACACUCAGGACCGCACCCUCCGGCCACGUAUCGCUUCGUACAUCCGUGGUCCAUGCCGGCGACGGCUGCUGGAGGUCAGCGAGGAUGGGUUCCUCAGCCGCUGCAGGCCGCUUCAUGGUCGCUGCAUCACAAAUCGCUCCAGACGACGUGGUCUGCGAUGCGCCAGCAUACUGCGUCUGUACCUUCGAGGAGUGGCGCAAGCGCGUCUGCGCGUCCUGCUUCUCUCUCGGAUCUGGUCGGCUCACGGUGCGGUGUCCCAACUGCGAGCACGCAUUCUACUGUAGUGAGCAAUGUCGAACGAGGCAUCGGAUCGAGGGGUCGGUGGGCUCAGCGCCGCACGGGCGCGUCUGCGCAGCGCUGCGUUGCUUUGCGCCGCUGCGAAAGUACGGCAAGUCGACGGCCAACCCCAAGGAGGCGCAGGAGUGGGCGCGUGUCUCGGCGGCCUUCCGCACGCUCCUCUCGCGGUGCGAUUGGUGGCACGCGCCGCCGCCGAGCGACGACGAGCUCUUCGCGCUCGUCAGCCGCCUCGACUCCAACAUCUUCGGCUGCUUCGUCCGCGACGACGGCGCAAUCUUCGGACACGCCUGCUACCUGCAGGCGGCCACCUUCAACCAUUCCUGCGAGCCCAACUGCGUGGCCAUGAGAGGCGUCGCGCGGAUGCGCAUCGUGGCGCAGGAGGCCGUGGCGGCGGGAGAGCCCCUCACGAUCUCGUACAUCGACGCCAACCGGCCCGUGCACGCGAGGCGGAAGGACCUGAGUGACCACUACCACUUUACAUGCGACUGCCCACGCUGCACUGCCGAGGCCGCCAAUGGCGCCGUGCGCACCAAGCUGACCUAUGGCGGGGGCGGGGCGCUCAGGCGCGACGCCGCGGGCAAGGAUGCGCCGCGACGUGGGGGCGUGGCUAGCCCCCUCCCCAAAGCUCCUCCUCCACCUGCGGCGGCUACGAAACCUACCCGUCCCUGGUUCGAGGCUCUUGCGUGA